AUGCCGGUGUCCGUGUCCGUCUACUUCGGCAACUUCAUCAUCUACAUCUCGUCCUACUACCACGCCAAAGCCUCCUCGGUGGCCGUGUGGAUUGACCCACUGUGGCUGUCUUCCGCUUUCAAAAUUCUGCAGCCCAUUGGAAUGGUCAUGUCCGGCCUGUUGGAACGGAAGACGACCCUGAAAAUCGGAAUCAUCAUCGGCGUUCUCAUGCAGAGCUCGUCCGUUAUCUUAAGUUACUGGACCGUGGUUGAGCCCAUAGCGCUUCUUGCGACUUUCGGUAUCCUCCAAGGCAUCGCCGGAGGCAUUCUCCUGGCCCUGCCCUACAAACUGGCCGCCGAAGCGUUCCCGGCGAAACGGGGACUUGCCUUCGGGAUCUUGUCCAUGGGGCCGAGUAUUUUCCCGUUGCUUCACAUGGUGCUGUCCUACUACUUAAUCAACCCGGACAACGCCAGCACGGACAUUGAGAUCGACAACAUCCGAUACUUCAGCGACUCGGGGGUCAUCGAUCGGGUGCCGUCGUUCUUCCUGAAGAUUGGGUUGUUCACGGCGGGUCUGCAGCUCACCGGGACUCUGAUGAUUCACGUCAAGAGAGAAAAUCUUGAGCCUUCAGAAGACAACGGCCUAGAGACAAAAAUGCUGGUGGAAUCUGACCAAAACGAUGAAAUCUUGCUUUCGGACCAUUCUGUCGGCGAGAAGGGAGCCAUCAUGUCCUCUACCGACGAGUCGGAGGAAGAGAAAUGGGACGAUGAAGCGCUGGAAAGUAUACCUGCCGGCGUAGGUAGUGGAAGUGUACGUAUUCAGGUGGAGGACCCCCCGCCCGGCGUGGACAACGGUGGUUUCAAAACAGAUGAAGUGGAAUCGCAACCCGUGAGUUCGUGUUCAGAAAAAAGCUGCGUCGCUAUGGGCGAUAACACCAACUAUGCUCAAGAAUCGAGUGUUGAGAUCGGGGAUUACCAAAGCCACGUUCUUAUUCAGUGCAGCGCCAGCAAGAGCGAGUUCGAGAUCGACAAGAAUUUGGGUCAGAAUUCCAUCGAUGAAGAACUGGCGUCGGAAAAAUCGGAAAACUGCGGCAUGGAUUUGAACCCCAAAGACAUGUUAGCGACGUGCACCUUCUGGAAGACUUGGACUAUAUUCGCACUGAUGGGUCACACGUUCUUCAUUCACCUGAACCUCUACAAGCAGUUCGGGCUGACGGUCAUCAACGACGACAACAUGCUGGUCAUGGCCGGGACCGUCAGCACGUUCGUCCUGAUGAUCUUUCGACCGGUCGUCGGGCUUCUUUCCGACCGCUUCGGCCUGAAACCGAUUCUCGCGCUGACCUGCGCGUGCUCAAAUGUCUUCAUGACGAUGAUGCCCAUCUCGCUGUACGCCUGCCCCCCGCUCUACAUUGUGUUCGUCGCCCUCGAGUUCUACGCCACGUCCUCGGUCAAAGUCUUCUACUACAUGGCCCCCAUGGCCCUGUUCGGACCGACCCACUUCGCGACGAACGUCGGUCUGAUGUCAGCCUCGCAGUGGGUCAUCUUUUUUCUUGGACCCAUUAUGAUUCCGCCCCUGAUAAAAUCCGUGGGAUGGACCUACGUUUUUAUGAGC